AGUGUUUUCCUUGCUUGGAGGAGCUCAAGUUCACGGACAUGCCAGAAUGGGAAGAGUGGUCUUGGGCUGAUGAUCGACAGUUGUUUCCCUGCUUGCGAAAUCUUGAAAUUGGAAGAUGCCCGAGGCUUAAGAGGUUGCCUUCGCUCCCUCUUUCACUUAAAUCAUUGUCAUUAUGUCAAGUCGGGACGACAGAAGUUCCAAGGUUAUGGACAAAAAUCGAUGGAAGUAGCAACAGUAUGACAGUUUCAGAAUUAAAAUUAUAUAGUCUCGAAAAGGUCGAGCUGAAGGACAUCCCAGAAUGUGAGGGACUCCCUUGUCUUGGACAACUGCCGAGUCUCAAGAAUCUUUGCAUCGAGAGAAUGCCAGCAGUGAAGAAGGUGGAUGAUGGAUUCUUUGGUUCUAGAGACCAAGGCAAGUGUUUUCCUAGCUUGGAGGAGCUCACGUUCACGGACAUGCCAGAAUGGGAAGAGUGGUCUUGGGUUGAUGAUCGACAGUUGUUUCCCUGCUUGCGAAAUCUUGAAAUUGGAAGAUGCCCGAGGCUUAAAAGGUUGCCUCCGCUCCCUCCUCCACUUGAAACAUUAGAAAUAGAUGAAGUCGGAUUGACAAAACUGCCAGGGUUAUGGGAAGGAAUCCAUGGAGGCGGCAGUUGCAUAACUGCUUCUCUUUCAACAUUGACAAUACGAAAAUGUCCAAAUCUAAGAAAUCUGGAAGAAGGGUUGCUAUCGCACAGCUUACCAAAUAUCCAUGACAUUGAGAUAGCGGAAUGUGCGGAACUCAUGUGGCAGCCGGUGAAGGGAUUUAAAGAACUUACCUCCCUUGCGAAAUUGGCAAUCCGCAGUUGCCCGAAGCUCUUGAGCAUGACGCGAGAUGGGGACAAUGGCAUCCUCCUUCCACCCUCAAUCGAGGAACUAGUGCUGUCUGACUGUGGGAAUCUGGGAAAAUUGCUACUGGGCCGCCUGCACAACUUGACCUCACUCACUCGAUUGGAAAUAGGCGACUGCCGGUGCAUAGAGUCUCUUCCAGCAACGCCGCUGCUUCACCUGAAACGACUUCAAUAUCUGAAAUUUUGGAAAUGUGGUGAGCUGAGAUCGAAAGACGAGUUGUUGCUGAAUGAAGGGAAUGAGCAAGUGGAGGGUUCGUCGGUAACUGAAUUAUGCAUCGACGACACAGCCCUGUUCAAAUUAUCGCUCUUAAGAAGGAGACUUCCAUCCGUCCGUGCUCUCAGAAUCUCAAACUUUCAUCGAGCGACGAUGUCUGAUGAGGAGGAGCAGUUGUUGCGAAGCCUCACCGCUCUCAGAGUGCUAGAAUUCGAUGAUUGCAAGAAUCUACAAUCGCUACCGAGAGAGUUGCAUGCCCUUUCCUCCCUCCGGCUUCUAUCAAUAAUUAGAUGUCCGGAGAUUCAGGCGCUACCGGAGAAGGGGCUGCCGAUGUCCCUCAAGAAUCUACAUUUCCGAGGCUGCCAAGCGAGGCUGACGGAGCAACUGCAAAAACACUUGGCCGAGAUUAAGAGCUCGGGUCGAUAUGAAGAUACAUGGAGUAGCUUGGGUUAUGGUUUUAAGAAGCUUGCAAGAUGGAAGUUACGUCAAACAGCAUUGAACUUUUAGAUUUCUUUGUAUAUGUGCUAUUUGGAUUUGAAUAUUAUGAAUUUUUAAGGAGUUAUUGAAUUUGCUGUAUUUGUUGUGAGUGGAUUGAUUGUAGAUUGAACUAUGUAAUAAAUAUUAC